GACAUCUCACAUAUAUAUUCUCAACUAUGUUGAAAGAAAAAUUACAGAAGGGCAGUCUCAAUGACUGCGCACGUAGUAAGGGACAGUCCAAGUUUCCAACACUGGGUCUUUUAUGUAACUAAAUAAGUGGUUGUAAAGGAUAUUUAUUCUCUUGCAAGAGCUUUAUCAAAAACGCGUUUUUAUGGUCAUUUUAGGUAUUUCAAGAAUGCGAUUACACAGUACAGCAACUACGUGUUAAAAAUUACUUAUUAGGUUUUACUGGUCUUGGCUUUCUUUUAUUCAUAGCAAGAUUUUUACAAUAUUUUUCUUUUGGUUAUUCUGGUGAAAAACUGACAGAACGUUUACGAGCCAAAACGUUUCAAACAAUUCUUCGUCAAGAAGUAGCGUGGUUUGAUAAAGAAGAAAACAAUACCGGCGCUCUUUGUACACGUUUGGCUACUGAUGCAUCGGCUAUUCAACAUGUAGUUACUAAACGGCUUGCUACAAUUGUUGAAUCAAUUACAAAUUUGGUAAUCGUAAUAAUAAUUGGAUUUGUAAUAAGCUGGCGUCUGACAACUGUUUUGGUAGUACUUAAUUUCUUCAUGAUAAUGAUUGGUAUUCUACAAACAUAUUUAACAGCUCAGUUCAAUAACGUCGAUAAACAAAUAUUUGAAAAAGCUGGAACAGUAAGUUUUGUUGUGAGGUUGAGUGUGCAAUUAUGA